ACUAUGGAGACGGCGUGAGCACCAUGUCAACUAAACCCGCUGUAGCUAUGGUUACUCUAGUUGUACACUCUGUAAAGUCGUUUUGUUAUUUUGUUAUUUGUUAAGAAACACUGAGAAACAUUGUUUUUUACUUCUGUGGAGGCAGCGACAUGUCGCAAAGAACAUACAACCAGAUGUGGGCAGACGUCCAGUUAGAGUUGAGCCGUUUGCUGACUGAGGAGCUUCCUGCCGAGCCCCCUCGCCCAGAAAAGGACAGGGUGGUGUUCUUCCAGCGUCUUGCCAUGCUUUUUGUGCGCUACGUCCAAAUAUUUAGAAAGCUGGAGGAGGUGUAUGAUCAGGUGGUCCACCCUCAGAAGAGACAACUUAUUCGGACAGUUCUUGAUGGUGUGAUCGGGAGGGUGUUAGAGCUGAAGAAUGAAAUGGUGGAAAAGGAGUUUUCAGAGUACCACUACAUGGAUGACGUCCUUCAAGACUUGAAGCUUAAACCUGUAGACCUUGAGAUCCCUAUCCCUCGAUAUUUCAUCAGUGAUUGCAGCAAAGCACUCCAACAACGAAAGAUGAUGGUGGCAGAUAUCCUCAAAAUGGUGGCGGCUACUGAAAGCCUAAGUCCUCUAAUGGCCAAGGACAUGAGUCAAGAAGAGGCCAUAAAGAUCAUUCAAGUGGCGGAGAGAGCGCGCCAAGGACGCCUGAGGGCAAAGUUGAAUGAAGAGAGCCGGAAAAUGAACAGGAUGUACACGACCAAAGAACCUGGAACAGGUGGCAUUGAGUCAGCUGCAAUCUGCAUUCAGAAGGUGUGGAGGGGCUACAUACAGAGGAAGAGGACAAAGAUUGCUCGGAUAGAAGAGAUGAUUUUUUUGGGAAUGAUCAUGGAUCCAAAAUACCAGGCACCGUGCCCUGCAGAAAUCUCUGCUCGGGCCAAUGAAGCUUACACACGGACUAAACAGGAAGAGUAUGAGGAAGACUAUCAGAAGUCUGUCGUGGCUAUCACAAACCAACUGCAGGAUGUGGAGGGUCAAGACAUGUGCAUGACCAUGAAAGACCAGAUCCGACAGUGGUUCAUUGAAUGUCGUGAUGCUACGGGAUCGUUCCCAGACUACCCGGAUGAAGAGGAGGGAGGCUCAGCCCUCAUUUUUUCUGAAAAGGACCCUCAGCAAUUAAUGGAAGAAAUUGCUGCAAAGGAAGAGGAGGACUCCAACAACAAACCAAAAGGGAAGGAGGAGAAGAAAGAAAAAGGGAAAAAGGACAAAGGGAAGGGUGAUGAAGAAGAAGAGGAGGCAGGAUUAAAGAUGCUACCUUCGGCUUUUCUUCCAGACUUAGAAGUGGGACACAAAACCUAUGUAGAUUUUUGGCAAAACCGCAAUGAGACCAAAAACUUCAACCAGAGGCAUGAGGUGGAGCUGAUCAAGGAAGAAAAGAGGAAAGUCAUUGAGGCACAGAUUCGACUACAGGUAGAUGAGCAGAUGAGACAAGAGCUAGCCGAAUGGAAGCUAGCUGUGGAUAAAGACAAGGGCGGUAAAACCAAAGGAAAUCCCAAGAAAAAGAAAGGAUCUAAAAGUGGAAAGAAGAAAAAAAAGGAGAAAGAUUUGACGUCUGACAGGACUCUUGAGUCCCUGUGUCAGGAGCUGGUGGAACAAGGCUUGUUGAAACAGGCAAAUAAUGUUAGGAUGCAGGAUUACUUGGGGGACUAUAGCUACCUUGGGACCACACUGAGACAAAAUGACAUUGAGCCCAUGCCAUCAUUGUCAGAUGUGCGGCAGGUCUUAUCUCUGUAUGCAGUUCUACCAUUAGGCUCUCAGGAGGUACACGAGAAGGCACCUCUCAUUAAGGCCAUCCUACUGGUAGGGCCGGCUGGUGUAGGUAAGAAGAUGUUGGUCCAUGCAAUCUGCCAGGAGACCGGUGCCAACCUCUUUGAUCUGUCACCUCUGAACACAGCAGGAAAGUACCCAGGCAAGAGUGGCCUCGCAAUGAUGCUUCACAUGGUGUUAAAGGUUGCAAGAUUGCUGCAGCCUUCUGUAAUAUGGAUUGAAGAUGCAGAAAAAAUGUUCUACAAGAAAGUUCCCAAGGAAGAAAAAGAGUUAGAACCAAAACGUCUGAAGAAAGACUUGCCCAAGUCUCUCAAGCUGAUCAAAGGGGAGGAUCGUGUUCUGAUAAUAGGAACAACUAAAGACCCACUAAGUGCUGAUAUCAAGUCACUGUGUAAAAUGUACAGCAAAAUCAUCCUUAUCCCAAGACCUGACUAUGGCUCAAGACACAUCUUGUGGAAGCAACUGAUCAAAAAUCAAGGAGGUGAGAUAACUAAGGCGCUGGACCUCAGCUCUCUUGCGAAGAUUUCUGAUGGCUACACACCCGGUCACAUUGUCCAAGUGAUCCAGAGUGUUAUCACCAAGCGUCGCAUCCUACAGCAGGCAAACAGACCACUCACUGCUGCUGAGUUUGUCGUUCCAUUAGCCAAGAUUGACCCCGUGUUUCAGGAAGAAGAAGAGUCUCUUAAAAACUGGUAUGCAAAGACACCCCUUGGGAAGAAGAGAAUUAAAGCUGCCACAGGAAAGGAAGAAGAAGAAGGGGGGGCGCCAGUUAAAGAUAAAGGCAAAAAAGACAAAAAUGCAAAGAAGAAAGGGAAAAAAUAAGUUUGUCUUUAUGUUUUUUUCACAACUGAAUGUUAUAUAUGUAAAAAAUGCCUUCUGAUAGCUGUCUCCUAAAAAAU